UUUUUCUCUCUCAUCCUUUUUUCCUUGCACUUUAUUUAUUUUCAAUUUCAUUGAAUUAUUCAUCUUUAAGUUUGUUGAAUGUAUCAAUUUUUUUGCGGACUUUCGAUAUUCUUGGUUUUUUGUGAUUAUGUUUAAAAUUUGGUUGGUCGAUGGAUUUUUUGAUUUAUUUUGGAUUUUUAUCGCUCAUUUUGAGGAUUUGAUGUCAUGAAUUUGUAUGUAAAAGUUAAGAAUAGAAUGUUAGGGUUUUUAAUUGAGUAUUUUGGGAUUAAGAAUUGAAUUUAGGAUUUUGUAUGCCGAUGUUAUUCAUGGUUUUUUAAUCUGUGCUAUGAGUUGGACAAAGCUAUGCCCUAUGGAUUUUUUGCCUUUUCCUCUAAUUCUACUGAUUACAUUGGUGCAGGGGAGAAUGUUGGUUCUGGUACUAAGUUGUAAUUUGCUCAACAGUUUACAUAUAUGUUCACUCAUAUCCUUACUGUCCAUGCUCCAUCCCUAGCUGAUCAAAUUUCAAGCACAAUUUUUUCAUUUUAUAUUUCGUCCAAAUUAUGUGUUGAUAAUUAUCGUGCUUUGUCUUUUUUCUGUAUUCUUAUGCCUGUGAUUCACUGAUUAUUCUUAACCAAGUGUGAAAGAUUAUUUCAAUUAUUCAGCCACUAUCUCCCAAAUCGUAGUAUCCUAGAACGACAUAGGAAUCAAUCUUUCACUCGUAUGCAAAGAAUUGAAUGCACCUGUUUAUGAUUGGAAAAUUUCCAUAAACUCCCCACUGAAGUUGGAGAAUCGACUUCCUUGUCCAGCUGAAUUCACAAUCUGGCAAAGGACAAAAGAUGGAAAAGGCAUGGAGCUACAGCAGGGUAAAAUUUUGUCUCGCAGAUGCGCUCAUAUACAUGCUGCUGAUCCCAGGAAACCCAUAUAUCUUUUGUUGUUUGCUCAGAGUGGUUGGACUAUGGAGAAGGACCCUGUUGUCAUCUUGAACCUGUCCUCAAAUGAUCUUGUUUCCUCAUUUUGGAUGGUUCACCAGCACACUAAAAGCUGCAAUCUUAAGCCGGGCAGUCUGUGGCAUUCUCAAAACUUCGAGAAUAGCUUCUGCAUACUCAUUCUCGGAUUGUGCAAGAAAUCCUGUUUGCUGUCCCUCUUCUUCCAGCACAAUGUCCAUCUUCGGACCAGCUGAGUUGUCUCUUUUAUAUUGUCAUCUUCAUCACACAUUAUUCUUAUUAUAGCAAUAAUGCAAGGUACUGUAAUUUUGUCUUUUUUUGUGUUGUUGAUGGGUACGUUUACUAACUAUUACAAUGUUUGAAUUUUUAGGUGAAUGAUGAACCAACAGGAGGAGAUCAAACGUAGACGUCUCACUAUACAUACUAUCGGCCAGAUUUAACUAGCUAUAUUAUAGUGAUGCGGUACUUGGUGGUUAGAAGAAAAAUGAUUUAUAUGUACUCAUUAGAAGUAUUUGUGGUCCAAAACAAAUAUUUAUUAGUUAGGUUUGAUUAAGUACAAUAAUUUUCGUUAAUUAGGAUUUUUCAUGUAUACUCUUAAUUUAAUUAUUUUGGAAAUUAUAAUAUAGAUAUGACAAUUAUUUUUGGCA